CGAAAACGAACUAAACGAUCAACCGAGAGGAGCCAUGACAGGGGACAAAAGUAAUUCGCAGAAACAAUAGUCGACGUCUAUCGACUAUGUUCGCGCGCAUGCGUUUUUGUCGAAACUCAACUUGUAGUCGCUAUUUAAACCUUCCUGUGGGGCAAUACUAUAAAUAGGAACAAAUCAUAUUAAGCAUCAUGCAUGGAUUCGAAUUAAUAGCUCAAGGCGCCGAAGCCCGCGUGUAUAAAGGUGUUUAUUUAGGAAAGCCAACGUUAAUAAAAGAGCGAUUUGAAAAGAAAUACAGACACAUAGAUUUAGAUAUCCGUUUGACAAAAGAUCGAAUAAAGGCCGAAUGUCGCGCUAUUGUUCGCGCUAAAGCCGCAGGGGUAGUUACGCCAGCUAUAUACUUGGUACAUUUAGAACGACGAUGCAUUUAUAUGGAAUAUAUAGAGGACGCGGUAGUAUUGAAAGACUUUAUAGAGAAAAACAUUUCAAAGGACAUAAAUAUUGAACAAUUGUCAAAGUUUAUAGCACGAGGAUUAGGCACGUCCAUUGCUAGAUUGCAUUCAAAAAGUAUAAUUCAUGGAGAUUUAACUACAUCGAAUGUACUUUUAAAAAAUAUUAGUGAAGAACUGGACAAUGAAAAAUACGACGCUGCAAACGAUUUCGUUAUAAUAGAUUUUGGGUUAGCACGUUUAGAGUCAAGCGUGGAAGAUAAAGCGGUUGACUUGUACGUCCUGGAACGGUCACUGCACAGCGCACAUUCGGAAAUACCAUUACUGUUUUCAGAAAUAUUUCAUAUUUAUCAGAAACAUUACACAAAUAGAAAACAAUGUAAAGAAGUUGUUUCCAAAUAUAAGGAAGUACAGGCACGUGGGCGUAAACGAUUAAUGGUUGGAUGAUUCCGAUAUUUUUACGAAUGUAUUAAACACAUUUUAUUAACAUAUUUUUAAUAACAUAUACAUGUAAAUAUACUUAAAUAAAUCUCUGUGUAAAACUUGAG